CAUCAUGUUUCGGCGCGGUUUAUCAGACGCAGAAAUUGCGGAUUUGAUCAAUCAUAGCGACACUCUGGAUAAUGUAGAGAGUGAUUCAGACGAUUCUGAAUGCAAUGGUGUGUUUGAAGAAGACGAGAUUGAUGACAGUUUGUCUUCAGAUGAAGGCGAGAAUGAUGUUGAAGGUGUUGCUUCAAAUCCAGCAGCUGUGCCGUAUCCGAAAGACAGUGAGUGGACUGCAGUUGACACCUACCGACCUCUGCCUGUCAACACGACACCCAGGCAGAUACUAGUGGAUAUUGAUGAGUCGAGUUCUGUACUGGAUUGCAGUAAAGUGUUCCUUACUGACAGUGACGUAAAUGAACUCAAGAGACAGACAAAUUUGUAUGCAUCACAGACAAUACAGAAGACAAGAAGAGGAAAUAAUCUGAAGCCCCAUUCAGUUUUGAGUUCGUGGAAGCCAGUGACUAUAAGUGAGAUGAGGCGUUUCUUGGGUAUUAUUUUCCACAUGUGUGUUUCGAAAAAGCCCAAAAUUGCGGACCAUUGGAGCACUAAUCCUGUUCUUAGUUAUACUGUCAUGCUUGCAUCUUGUUGA